AUGAACAAGGACAUAAAUGCCUUUCGUAACCGAGAAAUGGCGGCCCUCACGUGUCACGUGCUCUGCAGAGUCCGGACAGUCCUCGUCUCCCCGAUCUUGCCGGCGAGAUGCUUCGGGAAGGAAGCGUCCGGGGUGGCUGUUGGCGUUUCCCGUUGCCGUUCGUCGGGGGUCGUGCUUCGCGGGCAGUUUGCGAGGCAUCUUGCGGGUGGGCGGGCGGGGGAAGAGAAACCGAAAACGCAUUUUGGGUUUCAGGAUGUAACCGAAGAGGAGAAGUCGCAGAUGGGAGAUGUGGCCAUCAGGAUUGCACGGUUUGCCAAAAUUCUGAGACCACGGCCAGGUGAUGCAGACCCUGCUCAAAGGGCUGAAGGUCAAAUUAUUGUUUGUGAUAUUAACAAGGCAAUGCUCAAUGUGGGGGAGAGAAAGGCUGAACGUAUUGGGCUUGCAAAUGUGAUCACUUGGAAAGAAGGUAAUGCUGAGGAUAUCCCAUUUGAUGACAACUCAUUUGAUGCUUGUACCAUUGCAUUCGGUAUAAGGAACUGCACUCAUGUGGAAAAGGUACUUCAGGAAGCAUACAGAGUCUUGAAGCCUGGUGGACGUUUCAUGUGUUUGGAAUUCAGUCUUGUGAAGAACUCCCUUCUUAGAUGGCUGUAUGAUCAGUACUCCUUCCAAGUCAUCCCAGUUCUAGGGCAAGUUCUUGCCAGAGACUGGGACUCCUACCAGUAUCUUGUGGAGAGCAUCAGACAGUUCCCCCCUCAGGAGGAGUUUGAAGACAUGAUGAGGGAAGCAGGAUUCCAGGGAGUUUAUCAUGAGAACCUAACUGGUGGUGUUUGUGCCAUUCACUCAGGGUUCAAGCUGUGAUUCUUCUGGUGCAAAUGUGUCCCCUUCUCUCACCUGCAAGUUUCAGUGUCUGGUCAUUUUCCUCUCAAAUAAACAUGAUGGCAUUGCACC